GAGUAUGAAGCUGUAGUGAUUCAGGUAAUAUUUGCAGCAGCCUGCUACAUUCCCUAAUCUGCAUUUGUUUCAAACCUACUAUAUAUAUAAUAAUUAUAUAAUAUUUAAUGGCAUAUGGGAAUGGGAAUGGGAAUGGGAUGGGAGUGUGAGAUAAUAAUGUAACAUGAUAGAGUCAGAAAUUGAAGAAAAGAGAUAGGUAAAGUGGACAUAAAUAGAAUAAAAGUAAAAGGAUGGGUGUAGUGUGGCUUGGGCUGCCAAUGCGGAUGCGGAUGGCACAUACAUACCCUUCGCUGCUUUAGGAUUCAAGUCAAAAAAGAGUCGAUGAGUCAAGCAAAAUCUUCUCUCUCUUACCCCACAAAGAAAGUGAAGUAACGCACAGAUUGUCCCCUCUUCUUUAUUUUUUGUUUUGAACAAUUUCUCUUCUUUUCUAGUUUUCCAUACCAACCAAUAGAUUUGUAUUAUAUUGAACUCAUCAAACUAAAUAUAUUUGAUAUUAAAAUUUAUCAUCUCUUUUGCUGGUGGGGCAGUCUAUGUUUGUUUUGUCAGGACUCAGGAUUCUCUUGCACUAAGGUAAUGGGGGGAGUCCCCGCAUAUAUGAUCAGUAAAAGAUAAAGAAUCUCUAUAUCACUCUCUCUUCUUUUUCACUCCAUUUUUAACGAGAGCAACCUCAGACUUGCCGGCCUUCCCAUUUAUUUUCUUUCUCCCUUCCACAACUAUCCAUUCAUGGCGAAAGCCUCUCAAGACACCUCCAAAAUACACUUCCACUGGACCAAAAAAGUUGGAACCGAAGAGGACGAUGUCGAACAACCUUCAACUUUCAAGCAGCCAACUUCAAACCCCAGUGAUCAACAAGACAAGAAGCAUGAAAACAUCAAAGUUAAAACCCAUGUGGGUGUUCCAACCCCCAGGAAGAAGCUUCAAGCAGUUGCAAUCGCAAGGCUUCGAGCUGUUCUAACUGCUUUUGGGAAGAACCGUUCCAACCCGCCCUUUGGAGGUCUUCUUGGACCUCGAGUUGUCGGCACCCUUUUUGGUUCCAGGCGUGGCCAUGUUCACUUUGCUUUUCAGAAAGAACCCAAUUCCCCACCAGCUUUCCUCGUUGAACUCGCCACACCCAUUAGUGUCCUGGUUCGAGAAAUGGCGUCUGGGUUGGUACGCAUUGCUUUGGAGUGUGAUAAAGAAGACAAUGAAGAGAAAAAGGCUGCGAGAUUACUGGAAGAGCCAGUGUGGAGAACUUACUGCAAUGGAAAGAAAUGUGGGUUUGCAACAAGGAGGGACUGUGGGCCUAAAGAAUGGAAGAUCCUUAAAGCUGUUGAACCAAUCUCCAUGGGAGCUGGGGUUUUACCACUGACUGAACCAGAAGCUGGCGAUGGUGAGCUAAUGUAUAUGAGGGCUAAGUUCGAGAGGAUUAUUGGGUCAAGAGAUUCUGAAGCUUUCUAUAUGAUGAAUCCUGACAGCAAUGGAGCUCCUGAACUUAGCAUCUAUUUGCUUAGAGUGUGAAAGUCGUCGCCAAUGGAAGCUCUGAAUUAAACCAACUUCAUUUUCAAUGUAUUUUUCCUUUUUUUUUUUUUUUUGGAGCUUUAAGAUGGGGUAUACCAGAUUGAUAUUUUAUCUUUCUUUUUUACUGUACUCUACGGCCAUGGAAAUGGAGGUCUCUAGUUUCUUUGUAUUCUUUUUAGUUUAGAUGGAGGGGUAAUACAUUAUAAAUAUUUAUGUAUAGUUUUCUUCUUCAAUGCUUUACCAAAGUAAGACAUUGAAGAUUGAGCUUAGUGCAAUCAAUCAUUAUCUUUGCUUUAUCCUUUUCUUUUUUUAAUUUCAAUGUUAAAACUUAAAA